AUGAUUACGUCUGGCUUUACGAAUGCGCCGGUGUCGCAAUUCCUCGUCUUCGGCAUUAUCAUCGCCGCGCUGGUUGCGAGCUUGACGGACACGCGGUACUAUGUACACAUACAGGUGGUCCCGCAUAUCUGGGAGUAUGGGCAGUUCUGGAGACUCUUGACCUGGCAGAUAUGCUUCACGAACUCUACCGAGGUGCUGUUCGCAGCAGUCAGUCUGUACAACCUCCGAAUCAUCGAGCGAUUAUGGGGUAGCCGGAAGUUUGCCUCCUUCCUCCUCGCGACCUUACCGUAUACCACCCUCCUUCCGCCGCUGAUACUCAUUUUCAUACUCCGCCCGCUUACCUUCGGCCACCUCAACUUCCUUCCCGCAGGCCCCACACCCAUCAUCUUCGCUCUCCUUGCGAACUAUUACGCCGCAAUACCCUACACCUACCGCUACAAGAUCUCGCCGUUUUCAUCCACACCACCCGCUACGUCGUCGUCGUCGCCGAACGCCGCGCAGACAGCUACAAGCAUAUGGGCUAAGUCUAUCACGUUCACCUCCAAGGCGACAACGUACCUCCCACCACUCCAGCUCGCGCUCUCGCAGCUUCCGGGAUCAUUGCUGGGCGCUGCAAUUGGAUGGGCGAUAGGCACGGCGUACAGGCGGGACAUCUUGCCGUAUGCGAGUAGCUGGCGCGUUCCGGGAUGGAUGGUAGGCGAGGAGAAGAAGAGGGGCUUUGAGGGGCUGAGGGCGAGACUGGAUGCCGAGCGGGAGAGGGAAGGUGCUGGCGGUGGGCUGGCGACAGGGAUACUGGCCGGCGAAACACAGGGUGGGCAGGCGAGGCAGAGGCGGACGUUGGGGGAUAUGGUUGCUGAGCAGUUUCGGGGGAGGGGAUAA